CCUAGCGCUGCAGUGGCAGGGGACCUCUUUGGGGUUGGGGGCUGUGACGUGGAGGAGGGACGAAGGAUUCAGGUCCUGGUGCCCAGAGUUACAGGUUGGAAGAAACUUGUCCAGCUUUGAGGCGCAGGCGCGCCGGAGUUAACUCCAAACCCUCACCGGUGCGGGCACGAAAGGGUGCGGAGCAGUAUACAGAGCUCUACAUACACACAGAACGCAGAGCGAGAAAAGGAGGGGGCGAGGGAAGGCAGGUUCCGCCUCCCCUGGCCCGCGUGCACACACACGCCCACCGCAGUUCGGGCUGUCGGAGCGCGGGCGAGUGUGAGCGCGGGCGAGUGUGAGCGCGAGUGUGCGCACGCCGCGGGAGCCACUCUGCCCUCACCUCGCACCCUGCUCAGGGCAUCUUGAGAGCCUGGAACCGUGAACAGGCUUAAAGUAUGGCAUGUUGCAAAGAUGGUUUCUGCCAAGAAGGUACCCGCGAUCGCGCUGUGCCUCGGGGUCAGUUUCGCCCUCCUGCGCGUUCUGUGCCAGGCGGCUUGUUUAAACGAAUCCCCAGAAGAGAACGAAAAGGAGGAGAAAUUGUGCCCGGAAAAUUUUACCCGCAUCCUGGACAGUUUGCUCGAUGGUUAUGACAACAGGCUGCGUCCUGGAUUUGGGGGUCCUGUCACAGAAGUUAAAACUGAUAUAUAUGUCACCAGUUUUGGACCUGUUUCUGAUGUUGAAAUGGAAUAUACAAUGGAUGUGUUCUUCAGACAGACAUGGAUUGACAAAAGGCUAAAAUAUGAUGGCCCUAUUGAAAUUUUGAGAUUGAAUAACAUGAUGGUAACAAAAGUGUGGACCCCUGAUACUUUCUUCAGGAAUGGAAAGAAAUCUGUCUCACAUAAUAUGACAGCCCCAAAUAAACUUUUCAGAAUUAUGAGAAAUGGUACUAUUUUAUACACAAUGAGACUCACUAUAAGUGCGGAGUGUCCCAUGAGAUUGGUGGAUUUUCCCAUGGAUGGUCAUGCGUGCCCUUUGAAAUUCGGGAGUUAUGCAUAUCCAAAGAGUGAGAUGAUUUAUACCUGGACAAAGGGUCCUGAGAAAUCAGUGGAAGUGCCAAAGGAGUCUUCCAGCUUAGUUCAGUAUGAUCUGAUUGGGCAAACGGUAUCAAGUGAGACUAUCAAAUCGAUUACAGGUGAAUACAUUGUUAUGACAGUUUACUUCCACCUCAGACGGAAGAUGGGCUAUUUUAUGAUUCAGACAUAUAUCCCAUGCAUUAUGACGGUGAUUCUUUCUCAAGUUUCAUUCUGGAUUAAUAAGGAAUCAGUUCCAGCUAGGACUGUAUUUGGAAUAACCACAGUCCUCACUAUGACCACACUAAGCAUCAGUGCAAGGCAUUCUUUGCCCAAAGUGUCCUACGCUACCGCCAUGGAUUGGUUCAUAGCCGUCUGCUUUGCUUUUGUAUUUUCGGCCCUUAUUGAGUUUGCUGCUGUAAACUAUUUCACUAAUAUUCAAAUGCAAAAAGCCAAAAAGAAAACAUCAAAAUCUUUUCCGGAAAUUCCAGCUGCACCUGUGCCCAGUGAGAAGCAGCCUGAAGCUCCUCUGCAGAAUACAAAUGCCAAUUUGAACAUGAGAAAAAGAACAAAUGCUUUGGUUCACUCGGAACCUGAUGUUGGCAAUAAAACUGGAGUGGGAAACCAUUUGAGUAAAUCUACCCCUAGUGUUGAAGAGUCUUCUGAGGCCACACCGAAGUCAUACUUAGCUUCCAGUCCAAACCCUUUUAGCCGGGCCAAUGCAGCUGAGACAAUAUCCGCUGCAAGAGGACUUCAUUCUGCUCCUUCUUCGACUCCCAGCCGAACUGGGUGUGUGUCAGGACAACCUGCAGUUGGAUCUGCUGCAACACGCCACGUAUUUGGAUCGAGAUUGGAGCGGGUUAAGACCACAGUGAAUACUACAGCGGCUUCUGGGAAGUUGUCAGCUGCAACUCCUCCUCCUGCUCCGCCGCCUUCUGGGUCUGGCACAAGUAAAAUAGACAAAUAUGCCCGCAUUCUCUUUCCAGUCACAUUUGGGGCAUUUAACAUGGUCUAUUGGGUUGUUUAUUUAUCUAAGGACACUAUGGAGAAAUCAGAAAGUCGAAUGUAAUUUUAUUGCUAUAAUAGUAUCCUAAAAGCUGAUGAAAAUGCAGACUGUCUUUUUAAAUGUUUUUAAAAAUGAUUAUUCUUUGCUAAAAUAAAAAUUCUACAUAAUAUUUCCAUUUAAAAAAUGCAAGCCAGUUAUUGAGAGAGUUAAUUAAUUCCUCAGUGAAGAGAAUGUGAACCAUCUUUCUUUUCAGAAUGAUUAUUUAAAAAGGAUCUAUUCAGUGUUCAAAUUAGAUGGAAUACAGACUAUCCUGGAACAAGAAAUAGGGCUAUUAGAGAUAUGUGAUGCAUAUUUUUGCAUUGAAAUUUGAAAA